GAAAAAAAUCCCACUGCUUGGCCGACCGAGCGACCUGUGCGUGUUUUCAGCACGGAGGCAGAGAGAAGCGUGACUGGGAAGGAAGGACAGACGCACCAACUCCAUGCCUUUCGCUGCUCCUGUUCGAUAAUUAACUUAAAAAGGGUGCAUUUCACAGACAAGGGGAGAAACUAGAUUUCUUCUCUCCGUCUUUUACCCUCCUCUCUCUUUCUUUCUCUUGCUGUCAGCGACGCCGUACACUUGAGCGAGGCUGACGUUAACCCGCUAGCGGCAGCAGCGAACCGGAGCUGCCACGGAGUAAACCCACAGUAGACCCACAGUAAACCCCCCCCUUCCUCCUCCUCCUCCCGGUGUCGGCUGACCGGGAUAGGACCUCGUGUUCCUCCGGACCUGGACUUCUAUCUUCCCCACCUGUUCUUCAAAGAAACAAUCAGCAUUUCUUGCUUUUUACGCAUUUCUCGCUUUUUACGCGCUCGGAUCCUGACAUGAAGUGGAUUGGUUCAAACUAGUGAAGACGGGACUAAACCCGGUGCUGCUGCUUCACAUAAGGACAGAAAUGCAAACGGGGGCCACAAGGACGAGAUUCACUGUCUGUCAUGGAACGUGUUAGCUCUUCAAAUGCUCUCAAGCUGCUGGAUAUCUCAGAGUUAUGGUAAAGAAACAGCCCGCGUGUGAUAUCAUAUGCCCACCGAGUGGUCCACACAUAUAACAAGAGGGUGGGAUACAGCAGAUGCUAAUUUUCUCCACUCCAGUCUGUUUUUCAAGCAGAAGUUGAAUGGAUUGGUCACGCUUUGUGCAAGGUGUUAGUCUUUGAUCCUGUCAGAGUGGGACGCAUCUAGCAGCGGGGACUGAGGAGGGAGCAGUGCCAUCUAGGAGCAUGGCGGUUAGCAUUCACCUGGCAGGGCCCCUCCUGCACAGAGGGGCGUUGCUGCUGCUGUUUCUGCUCGGCUCCAAGGUGAUCUCCUCUCUGGCAGACAACAGGCCACAGUUUAUCAAAACCCCUGAAGACCAGACUGGCGUCUCGGGCGGAGUUGCAUCAUUUGUCUGCCAGGCCUCAGGAGAACCAAGGCCUAGAAUCACCUGGAUGAAGAAAGGCAAGAAAGUCAGCUCUCAGCGCUUUGAGGUGAUUGAAUUCGAUGAUGGGUCAGGCUCCGUACUGCGGAUCCAGCCACUGCGCACCCAUAGAGACGAAGCCAUUUAUGAGUGCACAGCCACAAACAGCGUUGACGAGAUCCACGCCAGUGCCAAGCUUACAGUGCUGGACGAGGACCAGAUUCCACACGGCUUCCCCGUCAUUGACAUGGGGCCUCAGCUGAAAGUAGUUGAAAGGACCCGGACUGCCACCAUGUUGUGCGCUGCAAGUGGUAAUCCGGACCCGGAGAUCUCCUGGUACAAGGACAUGCUCCCCGUGGACAUCAACAGCAGCAAUGGGCGCAUCAAACAGCUUCGCUCAGGUGGUACACCAAUUAGAGGAGCUCUGCAAAUUGAGAACAGCGAGAUGUCGGACCAGGGGAAAUAUGAAUGUGUAGCCAUGAACAGCGCCGGGACCCGGUACUCUGCACCUGCCAAUCUCUACGUCAGAGAACCACGUGAAGUGCGAAGAGUUCCUCCUAGAUUCUCUAUUCCACCCACCAACCAAGAGGUGAUGCCAGGUGGCAGUGUCAACCUGACAUGCGUGGCGGUUGGCUCACCCAUGCCCUUUGUUAAGUGGACCAUGGGUCAGUUGGAGCUGACCAAGGAGGAGGAGUUGCCACUGGGCCGCAACGUGCUGGAGGUUACCAAUAUCCGAGAGUCAGCCAACUACACAUGCGUGGCCAUGUCUUCUUUGGGCGUGAUUGACGCCACAGCACAGGUUAUUGUCAAAGCCUUACCGAAGCCCCCCACCUCCCUCACCGUGACAGAAACCACCGCCACCAGUGUGACUCUCACAUGGGAUUCUGGAAACCCAGAACCUGUUUCCUACUACAUGAUCCAAUACCGAGCCAAAUCCUCGGACAACGGCUUCCAAGAGGUAGAGGGAGUGGCGACAACCCGCUACAGCAUCGGUGGCCUCAGUCCCUACUCAGAGUACGAGUUCCGAGUCAUGGCCGUGAACAACAUUGGCCGUGGCCCACCCAGCGACCCUGUGGAAACGCGUACCGGUGAGCAGGCGCCCUCAUCGCCGCCCCUCCACGUCCAGGCCCGCAUGCUAAGCGCCAGCACGAUGCUGGUCCAGUGGGAGCCUCCGGAGGAGCCAAACGGACAGAUAAGAGGUUACCGGGUGUACUACAGCUCUGACAUGACGGCCCCGCUCAGUGCAUGGCAGAAACACAACACGGAUGACAGCAGCCUGACAACCAUCUCAGGGCUGACGCCUGAAAUCACCUACAGCCUCAGGGUGCUGGGCUUCACCUCCGUAGGUGACGGACCACCCUCUGACAUCCUGCAAGUCAAAACACAGCAGGGAGUUCCUGCUCAGCCGUCCAGCUUCGAGGCGGAAGCGGAGCUCGACAGUCGGAUCUCACUGUCUUGGCUGUGGCCGGUACAAGACCAAAUCACCAAGUAUGAGCUGCAGUACUGGGAGGCCGGCUCCGAUAGCAAGAAACAUGUGACGUUCAACCCGGCGGGCUCCUACGCUGUGGAUGGUCUAAAGCCGGACACUUUGUACUAUUUCUCCCUGGCAGCCCGCUCCGAAACAGGUCUGGGUGUCUACACCCAGCCCAUCCAGGCCCGCACUGCUCAGUCCACUCCCUCUGCCCCACCUCAGGAGGUUCACGUGGUCAGCCUGACUUCCACAAGCCUCAAGGUGAGUUGGGUGGCGCCGCCUGCCGACAGUCGCCAUGGUGCCAUCGUGCGCUACACAAUCAGCUACCAGGCUCCGGCAGGAGAGGACACGGAGCGGCACGAUGUGUCCGACAUUGGUGCGGAUGCCACCAGCUAUGUGCUGGAAGGCCUGGAGAAGUGGACUGAGUAUGAUGUGUGGGUGAGGGCACACACUGAUGUGGGCCCAGGCCCCGAGAGUGUCCCAGUCAAGAUAAGAACCAAGGAGGAUGUGCCAGGAGCCCCUCCCAGGAAGCUGGAGGUGGAUGCCAUAAACUCAACAGCCAUCCGGGUUACCUGGAAACCUCCCGUCCAGGUGAAGCAGCAUGGACAAAUCAGAGGCUAUCAAGUCAUCUUUUCGCGGCUGGAAAACGGUGAACCACGAGGCCAGCCGAACAUCAUGGAUGUUGCUUUGCCAGAGGCUCAGUGGAAUAUUGAAGAGUCCACCGAGCAUGAAGCUAUUAUUGGUGGACUACAUGCUGAAACCACCUACUCUGUCACUGUGGCUGCUUACACCACCAAGGGCGACGGAGCUCGGAGCAAAGCUAAAGUGGUCACUACAACUGGAGCAGUGCCAGGCAAGCCGACUAUGAUGAUCAGCACCACCAUGGGCAACACAGCACUGAUCCAGUGGCAACCUCCCAAGGAGAUGGUGGGGGAGUUGAUUGGCUACCAGCUGCAGUACAAGCGCACAGAUGAGGAGGCUUUCACCUCACUGGAGCUGAGCAAAACUAAAGACCACCACACCGUCACCGAGCUCCACAAAGGAGCAACCUAUAUCUUCCGCCUCAGCGCUCGCAACCGCGCCGGCGCCGGUGAAGCCUAUGUGAAAGAGAUCAGCACCACCGAAGACAAGCCAACCGGCUUCCCCCUCAACCUGAAGGUGACCGGGCUCACCCAGUCCAGCACACAGCUCACCUGGGAACCCCCGAACUUGAAGGAAAGAAACGGCAAGAUAACUCACUACCUGGUGGUGUACAGGGACAUAAACAAUCAGCAAGACAACACCAGCAGCACAGAGGACACGCACCUCACCAUCGAGGGCCUCAACCCAGACACCACUUAUGACAUCCGUGUGCAGGCUUUCACCAGCAAGGGCGGUGGACCCCUCAGCCCCAGCAUCCAGAGCAGGACCAUGUCGAACGAUUUCCCAACCCUUAACUUUGGUGUCAAAGCCGUCACAAAAACAUCUGUGCUCCUCACCUGGGAUUUGCCGGAAAACCACAAAUCUCAGGCUCCGUUUAAGAUUUUGUAUAACCAACAAAGUGUAGAGGUGGAGGGAAAUCAAAAGAGGAAGUUGAUCACACAGCUGCAGCCGGAUACCGACUACUCAUUUGUACUGACAAGCAGGGGCAUCAUUGCUGGAGGUCUCCAGCAACAGGUGUCAAUCCGCACGGCCCCUGACCUCAUCAAAACCAAACCCAUCACAGAGACGCCUCAGGGUGGCAAAAGUACCAUCAACCUGCCCAAAGUACAGACCACCAGCCGCGUCAGGUGGUAUUACAUCGUGGUGGUGCCGCAGACCCAGUCGAUGCAAGGUUGGAAGAAUCCAGACGAAAUGGACUUGGAAGAGCUGCUCCGGUCCAGAGAAGGUCCUGUCCUGCGACGCAGGCGCCAUGUGGACUCCCCCAGGGCAUACGUAGCGGCCAAGCUGGCUCACCUGCCAGAAACUUUUACGCUGGGCGAUGACAAGGAAUACAUGGGAUUCACAAACAAGCCACUGACUAACCAACAGCAGUACCUCUGCUUUGUUGUGGCGGUUUUACGGAAUGAGGGGACGGAUGGAGCAGCUAAUUAUAUGACCUUCUCUGCCAGUCCCUACUCUGACCCAAUCCAUAUCGAAGAAAACAAGGCCCCAUUGAUGGAUCCACCUGAAAUGCUGUGGGUCAUGGGCCCUGUGCUGGCAGUAGUCGUGAUCAUCAUCAUCGUCAUCGCCAUCCUCCUCUUUAAAAACAAACAGGAAAGAAAGCGGGCGUCACCCUUACCGAAAGAUGAGCACUCAGGCGGCGUGAAGGACUCACUUUUAGCUAACUCAUCCGACCCCGUAGAGAUGAGGAGACUCAACUACCAGACACCAGGUCCCAGCUCUCAUCGCUGCCCCAACACUCCAAGAAUGAGGGAGCACCCACCUAUUCCUGUCAUUGACCUGGCUGACCACAUAGAGCGACUGAAAGCCAAUGAUGGCCUCCGCUUUUCCCAGGAAUAUGAGUCUAUUGAUCCAGGCCAGCAGUUUACCUGGGAAAACUCCAACAUGGAAGUGAACAAGCCAAAGAAUCGCUAUGCAAACGUUAUCGCCUAUGACCACUCUAGAGUGGUCCUCACCUCUGUUGAUGCUGUUCCAGGCAGCGAUUACAUCAACGCCAACUACAUUGAUGGCUACAGGAAGCAGAAUGCCUACAUCGCCACUCAGGGACCUCUGCCAGAGACUCUGAGCGACUUCUGGAGAAUGGUGUGGGAGCAGAGGGCCAACACCAUUGUCAUGAUGACCAGAUUGGAAGAGAAGUCUCGGGUGAAAUGUGACCAGUACUGGCCAUCACGAGGAACAGAGACCUACGGGAUGAUCCAGGUCACCAUGUUGGACACUGUGGAGCUGGCAACCUACAGCGUCCGAACAUUUCUCCUCUACAAGAGCGGUUCCACCGAGAAGAGGGAGGUGAGACAGUUCCAGUUCAUGGCCUGGCCCGACCACGGGGUGCCUGAGUACCCCACACCCAUCCUGGCCUUCCUACGGAGAGUAAAGGCCUGCAAUCCUCCAGAUGCAGGACCCAUGGUGGUCCACUGCAGUGCGGGCGUUGGCAGGACCGGCUGCUUCAUCGUGAUCGAUGCCAUGCUGGAGCGCAUGAAGCAUGAGAAGACCGUGGAUAUUUACGGCCACGUGACGUGCAUGCGUUCCCAGAGGAACUACAUGGUCCAGACCGAGGACCAGUACAUCUUCAUCCACGAAGCCCUUCUCGAGGCCGCCACCUGCGGCAACACAGAGGUGCCAGCACGCAACCUGUAUGCUCACAUCCAGAAACUCACACAGCCUCCGUCUGGUGAGACCGUCACCGCCAUGGAGUUGGAGUUCAAGAGACUGGCCAACUCCAAAGCGCACACAUCACGCUUCAUCAGCGCCAACUUGCCCUGCAACAAGUUCAAGAACCGGCUGGUCAACAUCAUGCCUUUUGAGUCCACCCGCGUCUGCCUGCAGCCCAUCCGUGGCGUCGAGGGAUCAGACUACAUCAACGCCAGCUUUAUUGAUGGCUACAGACAGCAGAAAGCCUACAUUGCCACGCAGGGCCCACUGGCUGAGACCACUGAGGAUUUCUGGAGGAUGCUGUGGGAGCACAACUCCACCAUCGUGGUCAUGCUCACCAAGCUACGAGAGAUGGGCCGGGAGAAGUGCCAUCAGUACUGGCCAGCAGAGCGAUCCGCCAGGUACCAGUACUUUGUGGUGGAUCCGAUGGCCGAGUACAACAUGCCUCAGUACAUCCUCAGAGAGUUCAAAGUCACAGAUGCCAGGGAUGGACAAUCCAGAACAAUCCGCCAAUUCCAGUUCACUGACUGGCCCGAACAGGGAGUGCCAAAAACUGGAGAGGGCUUCAUCGAUUUCAUUGGACAAGUGCACAAAACUAAGGAGCAGUUUGGACAGGACGGACCAAUCACUGUACACUGCAGUGCCGGGGUAGGCAGGACCGGAGUCUUCAUCACCCUCAGCAUCGUCCUGGAGCGGAUGAGGUACGAGGGCGUGGUGGACCUCUUCCAGACGGUGAAGACGCUCCGCACCCAGCGGCCUGCCAUGGUGCAGACUGAGGACCAGUACCAGCUGUGCUACAGGGCCGCACUGGAGUACCUGGGAAGCUUUGACCACUAUGCAACGUAACCACUCCCACCGAGGCAGCAUUCCCCGGACAGACCUCUCAGGAGUGUGCCAAGUGUCCCAUUUCAGCCACCAUCCAACCGAUCACUUGACCCCCACCCCGACUCUCGAGCCCUGGCUCCCGUAUCACAGCUACCAGAGAGCUGGAGAAAGGGACGAACUUGCCUUCAUCCGUUGAGCGUUUUUUUCAGCCACUUAUAGAGAAAUGCGUCAAUCCGGCCAAUACUUUUGCCAGAAACAUCCCAACUCUUGUACAGACAGAGCAGACUCCUAUGGAAGCCGAACCUCCCUGAUUGUCAAAGGCUACUGGUAGCACAAAGAGGCGUCCUCUCUGUUUUCAUCCUCAGUUUGUUCAUUUUGUCAAUAUGAUUAAUUAUCACCAGUUAUUGUUUAGUAUACUUUUUUAUGUUUUUAUUAAUCAUUUUAACACCUGACAUUUCUCUUUGUGUCUGAAACUGCUCUUAUGUUCAUAAUCGAUUUUAGGCUACUUUAGCACACAGGAACGUGUUUUUUAACAUGUUCCUCCAAACUAACGAGGACCACCGUUUUCUAAGCUGCCGUCAGGUUUCUUUUAUCACAUGAUGUUUGUUUGUUUUAUGUUCUAAAGGUUGCUUUUGGUCGCUUACAGUUCAAAUACUCGAAUUGCCUUUUCACUUGCCGUUACGAAAAUCACAUUUGUGGCGAUUUGAUUGGAGAACACAGACUCGCUGUAGUCGUCCCUCUUAUCCCAGCAGAUCAACACAAGUCCCAAGAUGUGCACAGAAACGAGAAGCACAUUUCUGUUUUAUAAUAAUUUUUUUGUUUUGUUUUUAAGUUUGUUUUUCAUCAGAAGCCUAUGGCAUUGAGGCCUUCAUGCUCCACAGCGGAGAACACAGCAGACUUUUGUACCCAAAGGGAAAGGAGAGGGGAAAAUACAAACUCCUGAUCUCUGGAUCAAGUCAAGAUGCUCUUCAAAUCACUCCCCAUCACCUCGCUUGCUGCCAAGCUUAGUCAGAUUUGAGGAGUUGGUGCGACGUGGAGCAGAAGUGGUUGCUUAUGGGUUGGGGAGCAGAGCCAUCAGCAUCGGUACUUGUACAGAAUCAACCAUUCCUACAGAGGGACAGAAACUCAGCUCUUUGGACUGAAACCUGAUAUUAUUUUAUACGGAAAUAGAACUAUAAAUAUAUAUAUAUAUAUAUGCAUAUAUAUAAUUAUGACUGAUUAUAUAUGUACGAUUACACAUAGAUAUAUACACAGCUUCAAAAAUAUAUUGUUAAAAAGGAAUAAUUCUGCUGAUCUACCUAGAGACACUGCAGAGCCUGCUGUCCUAGAGUGUGUAUUAAUGGAGACACCAUUGUAUCUACUGUACUACCAUUGUAACUUCAGCAGCUGGUUGUCCAUAUGAGGAAACAGCACAACCCCGACCCCCCCACAACCAUCAUCAGACGCAACAACUCUUCACUGGGAAAGCACACACCCUCUACAACAUGAGCUGCGGGAACUGGAGCUUCAGAUCCGAUUGGAUCGAGCGGGGGAGGGGGGGGACUUAAAAAAACGCUGGUAAAAAUAAAAAAAAAUGUUCAUUUCUACCUUGUGAAUGCUUAGUGCUGUAGGGGUUCAAUCUGUUGUACACACAGUCUGUUUUCUAUUUGUUAAUAAAGAACUGGAACUAAAGAAUCACAUGUUGAUGAAAAAGAAAAACCUUGAUGUUAAUAAAGUUAAAUAAUUGGGUUUUUGUAAAAAGA